AUCUGGCACACAGGCGGGAGGGGAGCACACAAGUUGUGGUGCUUUGAGGCAGGAGCAGCUUGCUGCCCGACUUUCAUCGACAUUCCUCCGUGUGUCCGGCUCGCAGAGCCGAGCCAAACGUUUCGCGGUGCGUAAUUACGCACAGGAGACGGCGGAUCGGUGGAAUCCUGCAUACACAAAGGACGGCAGGCAGCCUGGAGUACAACUGACUUUAGUGUGUGGAGAGAAGUACUGCUGCUGGAGGGGAGACGAGGGGGGAAUCUGGAGUCGGAAGUGAUUUUCCCCCUUUUUUUUCUUCAGAAAUGUAACGCGAGACACGGAUUUCAGGAAGAAAACCAGUAUUUUGGAGAGAGAAGACGAAAGAGCAGGAAGAGUUCCUGAGUGGAAUUAGUCCUUAAAAAUCAGCAUCAGAUCGUCGGAGCAUGGGAGGAGUUGUCUGCAAGCUGUAAAAUGUAUCCGCUACACCGUCAGAGGGAGCAGCCCAUUUUCAGCUCCAGAGCUCACGUCUUCCAGAUCGACCCGGCCACCAAACGGAACUGGCUGCCGGCCAGUAAACACGCCGUCACCGUGUCCUUCUUCUACGAUGCCAGCCGCGGCGUCUAUCGCGUCAUCAGUGUGGGCGGGACUAAGGCCAUCAUCAACAGCACCAUCACCCCAAACAUGACUUUCACCAAAACGUCGCAGAAGUUUGGUCAGUGGGCCGACAGCCGAGCAAACACCGUCUAUGGCCUGGGCUUCUCCACGGAGCAGCAGCUGCAGCAGUUUGCAGAGAAGUUUAGGGAGGUGAAGGAGGCGGCACGUCUUGCCAGAGAAAAAUCACAGGAGAGGUUUGAACUGGCCAACCCAGCGCUCAACAUCGCCGCUCCUCAGCUCUCGCAGGAGCUGUCGGAGGAGCGCCACUCUCCACCGCUGCUGUCGGUUAACGGGCCCGGCGAGGAAAAGCUGUUCCGCAGUCGGAGUGCUGAAGUGGAGCUGACGAUCGAGAAGGAGAGGGUCAAGAAGAUGCUCUCCGAAGGGUCCAUGUGUGAGAUCAAUCUGGAGGCUGAACUCUUCACGCUGCAGGACAGUAACGCCAAGCUGGUGGCGGCGCUGCAGGAGGCCAACAGCAGCGUGGAGCAGUGGCAGAAACAGCUGGCUGAGUACCAGGAGGAGACCGAUCGCCUCAGAGAUCAGGUGGCAGAGCUGGAGACCCAGCUGGGACAUCCUGCUGCUGGUCAGACUGGUACCGAGGAGCUGAGUGAGUCACUGGAGCAGCUGGAAGCCCUGCUGAGAGCCAAAGACCAGGAAAUUCAGGGUCUACAGAGCAAGAAAACAGACAUGGGGGAGUUGGAGAAGGAGAAAGAAGAGGCCAUACAGAGACUCCAGGAUGUGGAGAAACGAAACGCGGAGCUGGAGAAUCGAGUUCAGAGCGCCGAAAACACACUGGCCGCCAACCAAGAGCAGCAGGAGCAGGCAGAAGUUGAAGUACGGCAGAUCAUCGAGGUUUUAGACGUUAAAAUCUGUGACCUGAAAGGCCUGAGAGAAAGCUUAGCGAAACUGGUCGAUAAGUAGCCGGGGUGCAUCUCCGCAGUCGGCGUCCGUGUCCUCCACGUGAGCUUGAUUUGUCUUUAACCGGUGCAGCAGCAGAGCCAAGAUGAAAGCAAUACGGUGGAAAUAACACCAAAGUUUCACCUUCGUUAGUUUCUUUUAGGAUCAGUGAGGACAAACAGCAGUUGUUACCCUCCUCCUGAAGAUGCUAUGUGGAAAACAAUUCAUGCAAACUGUUUGAUGGUCUGCCACACUGACUCACCAUUCUGAAAUCAAACGACUUGCCUGCUAUAAAAGUACAGCACCUUUGACUGUUUAGUGCUGUAGCGACUAAAUAUAUUAUUUGACAUAAGGUCUCAUAUAUGUACAAAAACAAACUUUAUAGGUGAUUGCUUGUACCAAUUUUUAAAAAUAUUUUUCCAUAUUUGAUGUUUGAUUCAAAAAGGUUCCAGAAGUUAAAAACUUUGCUGAAAUUGAAACAACCUGACAUGUGAGGGUUCAUUCCCACUUUUUUUGUUUUUUGGUACUCUUCCUGCUCCGUCUGCAGCCUGAGAUCAGGUUAAAA